AUGCCCCCUCAGUUGCGCUUCCCCACCGUCCUCCCCAACCUAUACCCCCACCUCCUCCUCCCCCGCUCCCUCCCCUCUCGCCGUCUCCGCCUGCCGCCGCCCCCGACCCCGCGCCACCCGCUCCGCCGCCUGCUCUUCCGAGGCAUGGCCUCCUCCGCCACCGGCGAGGCGGCGCCGGCCGCCGGGACGAGUGGCGCCGGAGAGGCCUCCACCCGCCCGCGGCGCGCGCUGGAGGAGCUCGCGUGGGACGAGACCUUCGUCCGCGAGCUGCCCGGCGACCCGCGAUCCGACAACAUCCCCCGCCAGGUGCUGCACGCUUGUUACACCAAGGUAUCUCCCUCGGCGCCCGUGGAGAACCCUAAGCUCGUGGCGUGGUCCGAAUCCGUAGCUGACCUCCUCGAUCUGGAUCACAAAGAGUUUGAAAGGCCUGAUUUUCCUCGGUUCUUCUCAGGAGAAACUCCGUUGGUGGGAAGUGUGCCUUAUGCCCAGUGUUACGGUGGACACCAGUUUGGUUCAUGGGCUGGUCAGUUGGGGGAUGGACGAGCAAUAACUUUCGGAGAGGUUCUCAAUUCUCGAGGUGAGAGGUGGGAGUUGCAGCUCAAGGGUGCUGGAAAGACUCCUUACAGCCGAUUUGCAGAUGGCCUCGCUGUCCUGCGCAGCAGCAUCCGUGAAUUCUUAUGCAGUGAAGCUAUGCAUGGUCUAGGCAUUCCUACAACUCGUGCUCUUUGUCUAGUUGAAACUGGCAAAUCUGUUGUGCGAGAUAUGUUCUAUGAUGGUAAUGCAAAAGAGGAGCCAGGUGCAAUUGUGUGCCGUGUAGCACCAUCGUUUUUACGUUUUGGUUCAUACCAGUUACAUACUACAAGGGGCAAAGAGGACCUUGAAAUUGUUCGUCGUUUGGCAGACUACACAAUACGUCAUCACUACCCACAUCUUGAAAAUAUUAAAAAGAGUGAAGGUUUAUCUUUUGAGGCAGCUAUAGGAGACUCUCCAGCAAUAGAUCUUACUUCCAACAAAUAUGCUGCCUGGGCAGUUGAGGUUGCAGAGCGUACUGCUUACUUGAUAGCCAGGUGGCAAGGUGUUGGUUUCACCCAUGGUGUGCUUAACACUGAUAAUAUGAGUGUGUUGGGCCUAACUAUUGAUUAUGGACCCUUUGGUUUCUUGGAUGCUUUUGAUCCUAGCUUUACUCCGAAUACAACUGAUCUCCCAGGUAAGAGAUACUGUUUUGCAAAUCAACCUGAUGUUGGUUUGUGGAAUAUUGCCCAGUUCACUGGGCCAUUGUCGGCUGCGGAUCUUAUCAGCAAGGAUGAAGCAAAUUAUGUUAUGGAGAGGUAUGGGACAAAGUUCAUGGAUGAAUAUCAAUCUAUAAUGACAAAGAAACUUGGUCUGUCAAAAUAUAACAAGCAGCUUAUUAGCAAGCUGCUGAACAACUUGGCUGUCGAUAAAGUUGACUAUACAAAUUUUUUCCGUCUUCUUUCGAAUGUCAAAGCAGACCGUGACAUCGCAGAAACUGAGCUACUUGUUCCCAUAAAAGCUGCACUCCUGGAUAUUGGGAAAGAAAGAAAGGAAGCAUGGAUUAGUUGGGUACAAACAUAUGUUGAGGAGGUGGCUAGUGGUGUCUCCGAUGAAGAAAGGAAAGCCACAAUGAACCGUGUCAACCCAAAGUAUGUUCUUCGGAACUAUCUCUGCCAGACAGCGAUUGACGCAGCUGAUCUAGGUGAUUACGAGGAAGUUCGCCGGCUAUUGAAAGUUAUGGAACAUCCAUAUGAUGAGCAGCCGGGAAUGGAGAAAUACGCCCGCUUGCCACCGGCCUGGGCAUACAGGCCUGGGGUGUGCAUGCUAUCCUGCUCGUCAUGA